GAUGUAAUCGUUGGAACUUUAUAAGCAACGUGGGAUUCCGCUUUUAUUUAUAAUUUUUUGGUGCUGAACGCACUAUAAAGGUUUUGCUUCUGCAUCUGUUUCACAGUGUGCAGAAGAUCAAAUUCCAUGGAUAGCAAAAUGAAGCAGCAGUUACAGAUAAUGCCGUUGCUAUGCUUGGCAUUUGCAUGGGUGGAGGCAGAGACUGUUCUGUACAAAGAUCCAGCUCAGCCUGUAAAUGCUCGGGUGGACGACUUGCUGAGGCGAAUGACUCUAGAAGAGAAGAUCGGACAGAUGACCCAGAUUGAAAGAGAGGUCGCUUCUGCAGAUGUCAUGAAACAAUACUACAUUGGGAGUGUACUUAGUGGUGGAGGAAGUGUGCCUGCACCUAAGGCAAGUGCCGCAGCGUGGGUUAAUAUGGUAAACGAGCUUCAGAAGGGUGCCAUGUCAACUAGGUUGCAGAUCCCAAUGAUAUAUGGCAUCGAUGCUGUCCAUGGCCAUAACAAUGUCUAUGGGGCUACUAUAUUUCCCCACAAUGUUGGCCUCGGAGCAACCAGGGAUCCUAAUCUGGUGAAAAGAAUCGGUGCUGCUACAGCCCUAGAAGUUCGAGCCACCGGCAUUCCUUAUACGUUUGCUCCUUGCGUUGCUGUCUGCAGAGAUCCUAGAUGGGGGCGCUGCUAUGAGAGCUACAGCGAGGAUCCAGCCAUUGUGAAAGGCAUGACAGAAAUCAUCUUUGGUCUGCAGGGCACACCUCCUGCUAAUGCUACCAAGGGCGUUCCCUUUGUAGCAGGACAGUCAAAUGUUGCAGCUUGUGCCAAACACUUUGUGGGAGAUGGGGGUACAACCAAUGGUAUCAAUGAAAACAACACUGUAAUCAGUUACAAGGGUUUAGUUGGUAUCCACAUGGUUCCCUAUUUUGAUGCAAUUGUCAAAGGGGUCUCGACCAUCAUGGUUUCAUAUUCCAGCUGGAAUGGAGAGAAAAUGCAUGCUAACCGCUUCCUUGUUUCUCAUGUUUUAAAGAAGCAACUUCGUUUCAAGGGCUUUGUUAUUUCAGAUUGGCAAGGAAUUGACAGAAUAACUACCCCGGCCGGUGCUAAUUAUUCUCUUUCUGUCUUAGAAGGUGUAGGUGCAGGAAUUGACAUGGUAAUGGUUCCCUUCAAUUUUACAGACUUCAUUAAUGAUCUCACUUACCAAGUUAAGGGAGGUUUCAUCUCCAUGAAUAGAAUAAAUGAUGCAGUGCGGAGAAUUUUGAGGGUAAAAUUUAUCAUGGGCCUGUUUGAGCAUCCUAUGGCUGACUUGACCCUAGCCAACCAACUAGGUAGCAAGGAGCACAGGGAUUUGGCAAGAGAAGCUGUCAGGAAGUCAUUGGUACUGUUGAAAAAUGGGAAAGCAGGGAGUCACCCUUUGCUUCCUUUGGAUAAGAAGGCUCCCAAGAUUCUUGUUGCAGGGACUCAUGCUGACAAUCUUGGUUAUCAGUGUGGUGGAUGGACAAUUCAGUGGCAAGGGUUAAGUGGUAACACAACUAUAGGAACCACAAUUCUCGAAGCAAUCAAAUCUGCUGUUAGUCCCUCUACCGAGGUUGUUUAUGAGCAAAGUCCGGAUGCAAACUAUGUCAAAGGAAAAGAUUUUUCAUAUGCCAUUGUGGUUGUCGGUGAACAACCAUAUGCAGAAACUUUUGGAGAUAGUUUGAAUUUGACAAUUCCCUUAGAUGGAGGCAAUACUGUCAACAAUGUCUGUGCUUCCUUGAAAUGCCUUGUAAUCUUGAUAUCUGGAAGACCACUUGUAGUGGAGCCAUUCGUUCCAGUGAUGGAUGCCUUUGUUGCAGCAUGGCUUCCCGGCACUGAGGGUCAAGGUGUGACUGAUGCAAUUUUUGGUGAUUAUGCUUUUCAAGGAAAGCUGUCAAGGACAUGGUUUAAGAAUGUUGAUCAGUUACCCAUGAAUGUGGGAGACAAGCACUAUGAUCCCUUAUAUCCAUUGGGUUUUGGAUUGACUACCACCGUAUCUGAAAAUCUGAGGACUUCAUUUGCUGUUCUAUCCAAGGGGACGACUCCUUGCGUUCUUGCCAUGAUAAUUAGCCUCUGCUUGCACAUAUUUAUGAUGUGAAACAACACUUCAUGCCUAAAUCUAGCUCGUUGCUGUUUCCAGUUUUGCAUUGAGUUUGACACUCUAUAGAUCAUUCCAACAUUUUGUAAUAUAUAUACGAGUUGAGAUAACACAGCCAAGGGGAUGUGGAACAGUGUAAUUAACUCAGGAUUGACAAAAGAAGUAUUCUCAUGCUACUUGGAAUAAACUUAUGGCUCUUGCAUUUCGUCUUC